AUGUCGAACCAGGACGCUCCGCCAUUCAGUUGGCACUACGACGCGGAGCUCAACGACGAAACCCUCGAAAUCCAUGGCCGCAAACUCUUCUUCAUCAUCGUUCUCUUCUCCAUUAUCCUCCUUUUCACCGCUCUCUUUCUCUUCGCUCGCCGGAUCUGCCGCCGCCACGGCCUUCUCCCAAUCACCACCUUCCACUCAAUCCAGCCACGCCACGCGCCGCCGCCGUCGCCGCCACAGGGACUCGACCCCGACGCGAUCAAGAAACUCCCGAUCAUCCUCCACCAGGCGCCGCCGAGUCCGAAUCGCGCAUUGGAGGAAACGGAGUGCUGCAUCUGCCUCAGCGCGUUCGUUGACGGUGAGAAGUUGAAGGUUUUGCCGGGAUGUGACCAUAGUUUUCAUUGCGAGUGCGUCGACAAGUGGCUCGUGAAUCACUCCAAUUGUCCUCUUUGUAGAGCUUCCCUUAAGUUCGAUUCUUCGUUUCCCAGGGUUUUGAUCCAAGAACCACCAAUUAGACAUAGUGUCCCACUUUGA